AUGUCCACUGAUAUUGCCACAUUCAAGCCAGCCCUAAUCAUAGUAGAUCUCCAAGAAGAUUUCUUACCUCCAAAUGGUUCUUUGGCUGUAACCAAUGGUCGGGACACAAUUCCCAUCAUCAAUAACCUCCUCAAUCUUCCAUUUCAUCUCAAGAUCGCCACCAAAGAUUGGCACCCUUCGAAUCAUACAUCUUUCGCUUCAAAUCAUACAGGUACAAAACCAUUCACAGAUUUCACCACCAUUUUCAAUCCAUCCAAUCCUUUGGAGAAACAUGAAACUCGUCUCUGGCCGCCUCACUGCAUUCAAGAUACACUUGGUUCUGAGUUCCCUUUCGAGCUAAACACAAAUCAUAUCACCAAGAUAAUUCUCAAGGGUCAAAAUCCUGAUGUUGAAAUGUAUUCGGCAUUCUACGAUCCCUUCAAGAAUCCUCGGGGCAGUGAUAGUGGAUUGACAGGUCAUCUGAAAGAUGAAGGUGUUACCGACGUCUUUGUAGUGGGUCUAGCAUCCGAUUAUUGUGUCAAGUGCACAGCGGAAGAUUCUGCCAAAGAAGGAUUCAAUACUUUCAUUCUAGAAGAUGCUGUUCGAGCUGUUGAUCCUGCAGCAUGGGAUAAUAUGAGAUUGGGCUUGGAAGGUGUUCAACUUGUUAAAUCCGAUGGUGAAGAAAUCGAUCGAGUAAGAGAAUUGAGAAAUUGA